AUGCCUACAAAAUAUAUUAUAGAACACUUAGAUGAGCUAGAAGAAUGGUGUAUACUUGAAUAUAUACAUAUAUGUGAUAUUGUAAAAGAUAUAAAUACUAUAUUUACUAAAUUUGAUGCAAAAUUUAGUGACAUAUGUAAUACCCAUAAACCUACUUGUUAUAGUGAAUCAAUAAACGAUUUAAAAGAUAAUUUUAACUGGGAUAAAAUAUGUUUAUUAGAUAUGAAAGCAGAAAAAACAUUAAAAUGUGAGGAUAAAAAUAAAAUAGAUUUUUUAUUAUUUGGUGGUAUUUUAGGAAAUGUACCAUCAGAUGAUAGAACAUCCGAAUUAAGAAAAUAUAAUUUCCCUAUUUCAAGAAACUUAGGUAAUAUCCAAAUGACUACAAAUACUGCAGUACUUGUUUGUUAUAUUAUUUUAAAUGAUAAUAUUGAAUUAGAAAACAUUCCUUUUGUUGAUAAACCGGAAAUAUAUCUUAAAAAUAAUAAGGAAUCUAUAAUUUUACCAUUUCGUUUUGUUUCUAAAUAUUAUUAUACGAAAAACGAAAAAGAUAGAAAUGUUCCUGUUUUACCUAGAAAUUUCAUGGAAUAUUUAAUUAAAUUAGGAGACCAACAAUUUGAUGUUAAUACCUUUUUAAAUACAUAA